ACCAUUUCAUGGAGCACAACCAGGAAACGUCGAUGUCGUUCAUAUUCAGGUUAUGAUAUCAGCUGAUUAUAAGGAAGCGAAGGCUUGAGUCUGGACUUUCGUCUUUUGUGGUGCUGCGUAUGCGUUUACUUGUGGCGAGUUUAAACUUGUUUAUUGUACAAUAUUAGCACUGUGAGCCUUCUCGGUGCUGCUUGCUAUUUGGGCCCCCCACUCAGCUGUUUAUGCUAGGGGCUGCUGAGUUACCUACCGCGCUGUGCCGCAUCGUGGGGCUCGUUAGUCCUAGUGUGGGGGUCCCCAGAAAAGUAUUUGGCAUAACAUUUUAAGAGACAUUCAAAAGUUGGAGAUGGCAACCAGACGGUUAACUGACGCGUUCUUGCUAAUGCGGAACAAUGCCAUCCAAAGUCGUCAGAUAUUAGCCGAGCAAGUGAGUAAUUACUCCACCAGUCCUCUGACUUCACGUAGCAAUGCUGCGGUGAUAGACGAUAUGCCACAGAGUAUAGCUGGAGUUUUUUUAGACGGUCAGUAUAUGGCAUCUGCUUUAGGCCUCACAAAAGAGAUUCCAUGGCGCUGGAUAGAUGGACUGGAUGAGAUUCAGUAUGAUGUGACAAGAAUCCAGCAGAAGAUGAAGGAGCUGGUAAGCCUGCAUGAUAAGUAUUUGAACAGACCAACUCUUGAUGACAGUACUGAGGAAGAACAUGCCAUCGAAAUUACCACACAGGAGAUAACGCAGUUGUUUCAUAGGUGUCAGAGAGCAGUCCAGAACUUACAGAGCAAAGCACGUAGUUGUACAGAGCAAGAAGAACGUGUCCUUCGGAAUGUAGUAUCAUCUUUAGCACAGUCUCUUCAAGAUCUCUCAUUGUCAUUCAGGCAUUCACAGUCCGAUUAUCUGAAACGAAUGAAAAAUCGAGAAGAACGAUCAAAGCACUUUUUUGAGACCUCCAUACCAUUGAUAGAUGAUGGAGAAGAAAUGGCCCUCUAUGAACAGGGUUUCACAGAUGACCAACUAGUCCUAGUACAGCAGAAUACAAUGAUGGUGGAAGACAGAGAGAGAGAAAUCCGGCAGGUUGUGCAGUCCAUCUCUGACUUAAAUGAAAUCUUUCGGGAUCUUGCAGGAAUGAUUGUAGAGCAGGGCACAGUGCUGGAUAGAAUAGACUAUAAUGUUGAACAAGCAUGUGUAAAAACAGAUGAUGGCUUGAAGCACUUACAGAAGGCAGAACAAUACCAAAAGAAGAACAGAAAGAUGCUUGUGAUUUUAAUACUUUUUGUUUUGGUCGUAGUACUUACUGUUGUACUAAUCGGUGUCAAGAUGAAUUAGGACUUCUUCCAUGGACAUUUUUGUGAAGAAGAUAAAAGGACCUGCCCUUUUCAACAGCUGCCUUCAGAUAAAUACAUCACCAACUUCAGUGACUGCUGUGCAGUGAUGCACAAAAUUUUGUCAUUUUUGUUUUCAUAAUCAUGCCAUUUUUUUCUGUAGGGGAGCAUGACUUGGGUGCUUUCAGGAAGUGGAGUUGAAACCCAACUGCAUUCAUAAAUCUGUCAUCCAAAGUACUAAUGUGGCAUGGUAUCCCUAUUGAUUGUUUGGACUGUGCUGCAGUAAGCAUCUUCCUAGCACUCUGCUACCCACCAUUCUGGGGGGUUUCUUAAGGUGUAACAGUGCCUCUUGUACACUGUUUUACCAAUAUGGUGAGCAGAACAUGAACUGUGCUUUGGCUGUGGGGAGAUAUUCAUUGGUCUGUUUUCACCAUAGUAACUAAGCUGUUUAAAGUUGAUUUGGGGUAAAUUAUCUUUGUCUCUUUACAGUGGUGCAUGCAGUGAUUGAGGUGCUAGGUACUGUAAAGGUUUUACUGUGCAGCAGUUCUAAAGACAUGUAAAUUCUUGUCUAUAUGUAUUGCAGCUUUCAUUCCAAAUCCUUUGCUGUCUCGUCAUCGGGCGCCAGCUGUUUGAGGUGUUAGUGAGGGUUUCACAGAGAAGUAUGACUGCAUUGUGCUGUUGGUCAUUAAUUAUUAAAACUCUAGAAUUGGAGGAACAGAACACAUGUCCUUUACAAAUUUGUAAUUCUUGGUCACUUUUUGGAAGAAGAAUCUAUAUUGUAUACUUUAUUCACACUGGAAAGCUAUGCCUAAUGCACAGCUUUUGAAACUUGCACACUUUAAAUAAGAGCAGAGCUUUAAAAUCCACAUGUAGCAGUUAUUGUGUAACUGCUAUAACGUGGAUAGUUACCAGAAAAGAGUAGUAUAGCUGCUAAUAAGCUUCAUUCAGUAAUGGUGGGCUUGAUUCCACCAGUCUCUGUUUGGAUAUUUCGUAGCUUCGAACAAGUCACUUUGCUGUAUAUUGCCCCCAAGUUGGCCCUGAGAUGCGAAAGCUGGGCCUAGUGAGUUUGCCCUUUUAAUAGAUAUUUAUAAAGGAGCUCAUUUUAACACACACUCUGGUUUUAAAAAAUGUUAGGUUGAGUCAGUCGCUCUCACAUUCCCACCAUAUUUUAGUAUGUCUUUUAAUAUUCACUGUAGUCCUCUUGUUCCUUGUAUGUAGUAACCAUUUCUAAAGGUGGAAAUCUGCAACGUUUUAAUUUGCUACCUCAUGAGGCGUACUGGGGCUGCUGGCAUGUAGCAGUGUACAGUUUCUCAAAACAGAAGUUUUAUAUUCUGUGAAGUUGUUUGAACUGUAUCACAGCAUCCCAUUUGGAGUAAAUUAAUGGUUUUAGAUUUCAUCCAGUAUGUAGCACUGCUUGCUGUCCAUAGUGUGUGUGCUGAUGUCAGACAUUUUUCCAAAUAGCUCUAGACAUACCUAUACUUGUGCACACACAUGGCACAAGCUGGUUUGUAAUUCCAUUAGUGCGUCUGUUGGCUGCACAGAUGCAUAAACUACUUUUCCCUGUGUAUGCUGCUAUAUCUGUAUCUAGCUUACCUGCACAGAUACAUAAGCUAAUUCCACUCGUGUAUGCGGCUUAUAUCUGUAUCUAGCUACCUGCACAGGUACAUAAACUAAUUCUCUGUGUAUAUGCAGCUAUAUCUGUAUCUAGCUACUUAUCAAUCCUCACUCAGAUUCAUAAACUUAGUCCUCCAUUCUCUGGGUCUGAAUCUUGUUAGUUAUCUGCUGUACAGAUUUGUAAAGUAAUUUUCUUUGUUUGUAUAUAUUUAUUUUUUCAUUGUCAGUCAACAGUGUAGUUAAAACGUAUUGCACUGCAACACAUUUAUCAGACAAAUUUAUUUUAGUAGUAGUGACAGAAAACCAUUUUCAUUACAUUCCUCUUUCUGUUUGAGGAGCACAUGCCAGAUAUGUGCACGAGUCAGCUUAACAUACACUACUUCUUGAGUCUUUCAUGUUUUUCAUUAAUGACAGUAGUCCAUUGUGUCCAUGUAAACUUCUUUCCAGAAGCUGACAGUUGAAACAGCAGCUUUCAUGUAGUCAGUUUAAGUGCAGUGAUCAGGCUCUGUUAGCAUUUUUUAACAUAGCCUUGGAAAAAGGAAAAUAUCCUUUUUUUCUCCCAAUUGUAUACAGUCAUCAAGUUAGAAUAAUUAAAUGGGGUGUAGGGGUUCAGAGGGUCUUCAUCCUUGCAAAAAAAAAAAAAACACAUUUGGAUUCUGACUUUUGGGGCUUUUUUUUAAGUUUAAAAGGGUUUUUGUAAUUUUUUUUAUCCCACUGCCUGUUGACCAUCUGCAUCUUCCCAAACUGUCAACCCAUUCAUUUCCCAUCAUUGGAGGAGAGAGUUGUCAACCAAUUAGUUUUCCAUCACUGAAGGUGAAAAUGAGCUGGGAGAGGUCAUCAUGCAAGCAGCCAUCGGGGUAGUUCGCUCUUUUUUCUGGUAACAACGCUAAACAUACACUUGGCAAAAUUCCAGGGACAACAAUGCAAUGGGCUGAACAAGGAGCUAUCUCCCUCAUUUCUACAAGGGAUGUGUCUCCAAGCAUCCUCCCCCUGGAAGCACAAGACAUGGUUCCUCAGAUCUCAACCAAAGUAAAUCACAUGGACUCCUGUGUCCCAAGUGCGUUUCUUUCCCAAGAAUGGUCAACAUGACACAUCUCUUCACUCCUUCCCCUCAUUUGUUGGCUUCUUCAGUGCAUGGGCCACUAAGUGAACCCCAGUUACCUAUUUAUAGUAAAUGCUCCAUCCCUUUGCUGUAUGGAGCCAGGCAGUGUCAGGUUUCCAGAUGGGAGCCUUCUUGCAGUAAGUAUGUGACUAUAUUUAUAAUCAAGCAAAUAAUUAGGUUAUACAUGGCAAAUGUUACUGUGUAAUUAUGGAUUAAGCUGCUUGAUUUUUAGUUGAAGUCUGUAAUUUUUAUAAACUUCCCAUCUGCAUAUAGAACUGAAAUGACUUUUCUGGGGAUUCUGCAUUUUCUACCUGUGUCUUGCAGUUUUUGCUGUAUGCUUCACUUUCUUCUCAAGCUCCAAAAAUGUGUGUUUUGAUGAAUUGAUGUUGAUUAUCCUUCAUAUUGUCUGUAGUGCUGCGUUGAGAGUGUAUGUGCACUUCCUGUGAUGAGUUUUUGGCCCUCUGUUUAAGAUUAGCUAUUCUGCCUUGUCUUCAUUGAGUGCAGGGAUAGGCUCUAGCUACAUGUGAUCCUGAACUGGAUUAAUUUGGCAAUCAGUGAAGAAAUGGUAGAUGAAGUUCUGGAAGUACAGUCUUACAUCUCUCAGCUGCCAUCACCAAGUGCAUCAUAAGGUUUAGCUCUUAAAAACCCAUGUUGCUUCAUAGAGAAGGCAGUACCCCACUGAAAUUUAAAGCAUACAUUUGUAACCUUACGUAAUGCUUUCAUCAUUAUCAUCAAUUCCCCUUUUUCCCUGUUUUUACAUGAGGUUGGGAGGUUGCUUUAACUGUUGCAACCUUUUUUGAUUCAGAGCCACUCGUCUUCAGUUACACCCAACUUUUGCUGGUCUUGUUGCACACAGUCCAUGCCUCUCUUAGCCAAAUGCCCUCAUCUUCUCCUGCUGUCACCCUGUCUCUCCCAAGUCUGAUUUACUGAAUUAUCUUGUGGUUUCCUGCUCAUGUGGCUAAACCACCAUAAUCUGUUCUAUGUAACCUCUGCAAAUGGGUCUACUUUAGCUUCUGCUGUGAUGCUCUAAUUUCAUUUGCUUCUUAGUGUACUUCCUACAAACUGUCUCAGGCACUUCAUUUCCAUCACCUCAGUCUUUUGUAUUUAGCUAGGUAAAGUCAAAGUAACUUUAUUGUCAUCCAGCCAUAAGUGUACCAUAGUUACAGCUGAGCGAAAUUUCAUUCCUCCAAGCUCGUGCACAAAAAAAAAACAUACAGCAUAACACAACAACGUAAAACAGCAUAUAACAAGAAACAGCAGUACACUUAAACAGCAGCAAUGAAGAUCAAAUGAAAGACCAGCAGCUUAAAAACAAACAGGAUACAUGGACUACUGUCACCACCCCGCCGCCAACUCCAUGCAUUACCAUCAACAUUUUAAAUCAGUCCCUUCAUCUGACCAUGCUCUUCACCCCAGACCUUCCAACUGCCAUCCUAGUAACAUUCACACCAAAGCCUUUCCUUCCAACCCUCUUUCCAUCUACAGCCUUCACAACCACUUCCACCUGCAGGCCCAAAUGGCCACACCAUCAUCAGAAACCAAAGAUCUUCAUUCCAGCACUACCUAUCUUCACAUUCCACCUUCCAGACCUUCUCCUUCACCAUCCACCACAUCUCAGGAUCAGACAAUCCAUUUACCUAACCCUACAAAAAUUCUGUUCCCGCACACUGCAUCAGCUUGGCUCUCCAUUGCAGACCCAACUUCCAGGGCUCCAAUGUUAUUUUCCAAAAAAAAAGGUAGUAAUUCUAUUUAGGAUACCAUAAGCAAUUUCUUCCGCAACAACCGCUCACUCGACAAGAAAGAAGACUCACCACAUAGAAACAAAAAGUGCAUAUUGGGAGCCGGAGAGGCCGCUGCCGUACAAGGCGCCACAGAGCACUGAUCUGUAUGUACCUUCUUUAGACUCUGUUUUGGAGAGCACUGUCUGGUUAAGUGAUUUGCUUAGUCACGCACUUAGACAAUGGAGGCUGAGGGAGUCAAACCCUACGCCACUAGAUCACAGGAAGUAGAUCAUUAACAGCUUCUUAAUCCUCUGCUCCAACUGUCAGACACCUCCCUCAACUGCUCUGCCUACACUGCCAGAUUUCUUUGCCAUACAGAGGCACUGGUUGCAUGACUUUUUUGUAUACCUCACUUUUCAUCUUCUUUAAAAUUCUUCUGUCACAUACUACUCCUGACACUUUGCACCAUUCAUUGCAGCUCCUCUGAUUUUAGUUCUGAUCUUCUUUUUCAGUCUUCCACCACGUCUUUCAUCUACGUGAAGAAUUUAACCUGUUCCACUAAUUUCCCUUCUGUCUCAGUUAUUAGCUUCUUCUGAUUCUCCCAGUUGCUGCUGUGACGACUGCAGUUUCAGAACUCAGUUUCAUCCUGCAUACUUUGUUUUGCAUUCCAGUCCCUUAUCAUUUGCCAUCAUUCCUAUUGAGUCUACUUGUAGUGCUACCUCAUUUGUAUACAGCAGCUUUGUUGCUCUAUCCUGUCUGACCAGUUUGCUGAUGUAGUCCACCACCAGUAUGAACAGAAGUGAGUUCUGAGUUAAACUCUUGUGCAACCUCUGAUUUUAACCUUGAGUCUUAUCAGCUCAUCUUUCAGCCACAAGAACAUGUUAACCUAUUCCACUAAUUUCCCAUAUGUCCCAGUUAUCAGCUUGUUUUGGUUUCCCACAGUUGCUGCCAUCACCAUUGAUAUUUCUGAGCUCCAUUUCAUCCCACAUGCCUUCAUGAAAGUUUUUAGUCACUUGAUUUGGUAGUACCAUCUGCCAAAACCUGCCCGGGUGAUUUCAUAUUUUUGACUGGGUAACUAAAGAACUUGUGUAGUAUUACUACAGUGGGAAGUUUACCAUUUCCCUCAAGUUGUUAUGGCCAGUAAAUUGUAUUCAAAGCAGAGGUACUGCUGUUUGCAUGUUAUAAGUGUAGGGCUUCAUCAACCAUAUGGAGGGAAUGUUUAAAAUGUGAUGAAUGUCUGAUGACUCAGAUGAAUCUAUCUGAGCACUGGUGCAUUUCAGUAGAUUGUUCUAGAUCCCACUUCACUUCUGUAUUUUGCAUUUUCAUUCUUUGGUUAGAAAUCAAACAAUUUUUCUCCACCUGUGGCUCACAUUGGUAAAAAAAAAAUGGUUUAGCUAUUUAUUGAUUUAUAAAGUGUCUUCACUGCUUUUAAAAAUGAAGAAUAAAAUGUUUAUUGGUAGUUUCAUAAUAAAAAUCAUAUGACUCUGUAAGAUAGUUCUACUACACAGUUGCGCUUUAUCUUAUUCUACAUCAGUUUUUAUAAAUAGCUCUGUUUAUGUCAUAACAGCGGUAAUUCAUUCUGUGCCUUCUCACAUUCUGAUACACACCAUUUUAAGUUGGCUUUAAAGAUGUAUACCGAAAUGUGUGUUUAUGUGCAUCAGUGUUGUAAGUUGUCUUUAUUGUAUUGGCAUGGUGGAAGUACAACAUGGCUGGCACCACUCUGUAGACAUUUGUUUUGAUUCCCACAUCUACUUUUAUGCAAGUAUUAAAAGAAUUUUAAGGACCAGUACAGACAGCAAUUAAUAAAAAGUAACUCAUU